CACUAUUUUAUGAGUCAAUUGUUUUGAAUUGAAUUAUUCCAGUGAUUGACGAAUGCAUUGACUUAUUGUUUAAUACAUUAAAAUACAUAUGAAUUGACAAAACAAUUGAUUGAUUGAUGUAUUGAAUCAAUUAAUGAAUCAUUUGUUUGUGUCUUUGAAGAAGUUGUGAUCGUCAUCGUCGGCAUCAAAGUGAGUGAUCACUGGAUCACACCAUCGCUUCCAACCAUUGAUUUGAUGCAGAAUUCAAUUGUUUUCACACAAUGUGUCGACAAUGAAGACAAUCUAAAUUCUGUAAGCAAUGAUUUGUUGGACGAUUUGGUGGAAGAAGUACUGAUCGGUGUAUACUUUGAUGUCCACCGCGCGGCCAAACAUACAAAGAGUUUGUUUGUUGACGAAUCAACUGCUGAAGAGAUCGAUAAAUAUGCUAUAAUAGACAAGAAAGGGACGGACAUAUUUGGGGAAUUGCCAGUUAAGAAACAACACGAGUGUGAGUGUCCUAAUUGUCACCGAAAUUUGGCCGCUUCUCGGUUUGCACCGCAUCUCGAAAAAUGUAUGGGAAUGGGACGUAACAGUUCACGAAUUGCCAGCAAAAGGAUAGCCAAUACAUCAAUGAAGAACAAUGAUUCAGAUGCUGAUGAAUAUGAUAACAAUGCAGACACUGAUUGGAACGCCAACGGAGGGGACAAACCAACAAAAAAGAGGACAAAGAGACUCAAGAAUGGCAACAAUGGUAUCGGAAACGGAAUCCAUAAAAGGGUUUAUAAUUCCAAACAAAACAAAUCGGGUCUUAGUUCUAGUAAAUGAUUAUUUAUUUAAUUUAAUUUAAUUAAUUUGUGUUUUUGUACAUUAUAUACCUAUUGUAUUAUUGCAAUUAAUAUUAAUUAUGAUAUAAUAAUAUUGAAUUUAUU